AUGACAAAAGGAUUUAAAACAAAAGAAAAAAAUAAUAGACCCCGAGCAUAUUUAGGAGAAGAAAACGAUAGUGAAAAAGCUAUAUCAUUCAUUGCUUCUCAAGCUUAUACAGCAGCUACAUAUCAAAAUGAGAUAGAAUUUGUAAUAGAUUCGGGAGCAUCGAACCAUAUGAUUAGUAUAGAAUAUGAGAAAUAUAUGACUGAUAUACAAGAGAUACAAGAAAUUAAAGUUUUAGUUGCAAAUGGAAAUAUGUUAUCAGCUAAAAGGAAAG